UGGUGGCAGAAGCUCCCCUGUAGGGCCUCUUGGGGACAGUGCAGUGACGGGAAGACAGACGCCAGCUUUGGAUUUGCAGCCCCCCAGGGAGGCAGCCAUUGGAUCCACAAAACCAAAUGGACUUGCCACCAUCCAGCCCCACAUGGGGGACUUGGGUGUACAACCCAUUCCUAUUGGAGGACGAGGGGAUUCAGAGAGCAUAGUGCCUGCAACAGCAUCGAGCACUGAUGUGGAAGGGGUCAGCCCGGGACAACCAGGGGAGGCCCCCACUGGAAAAUCGGAGGACCUGGCAGCAGAGAGUUCAACACGCGCUCCACCUGGCUUGGCCUCUGGCAGCUACCCUCCCCCUGGACCUUCAGAGUUGGGCUCAGAACCGACAGCACGUCCUCCAGUUGGACUUAGCAUGGCUCCAAGACAAACGUACCAGUUCCCUGACGAAGGCAAGACAGCAACAGUCUCCGUAACAAAAGAAAAGGUGAAGGAAGGUUCUAGGAGCACGAGCACCAACCAAGAAGCAGCUGUUUCACAAACAGAAGCACCAGAAGGAGAACAAGCAAAUGGAUCCACUGGACCCCCAGCUCCAUCAGGAGGAGAACCUGUGCCUCCCACAACAUUGCCGGAUGGAACACUACUUGUCUCUUCAGGUUCCAAUGCGGGUGCAACAGGAGCUCCGUCAAAUGGUCCAGCAGUGUCUCCGGGCUCCUCAGGUGGUGGUGUAACACUUCCCGUGUCUACAGGUUCCAACGCGGGUGCAACAGGAGCUCCGUCAAAUGGUCCAGCAGCGUCUCCAGACUCCUCAAGUGGUGGUGUAACACUUCCCGUGUCUACAGGUUCCAAUGCGGGUGCAACAGAAGCUCCGUCAAAUGGUCCAGCAGUGUCUCCAGACUCCUCAAGUGGUGGUGUAACACUUCCCAUCUCUUCAGAUUCCAGCACUGGAGGAACAAAAGCUCCACUGGAUAAAUUACCAGUGCUUCGAGUGGCCUUGGGAGGACAACUUGUAGUUCCUUCAACAUCUCCUCAGGAAACACUUCCUGGCAGUGUAGAUUCUAACUCUGGUGCAACAGGAGCACCCUCAAACGGUCCACCAGUGUCUCCGGGCUCCUCAAGUGGUGGUGUAACAAUUCCCAUGUCUACAGGUUCCAAUGCUGGUGCAACAGGAGUGCCGUCAAAUGGUCCAGCAGUGUCUCCGGGCUCCUCAAGUGGUGGUGUAACACCUUCCGUCUCCUCAGGUUCCAAUGCUGCUGCAACAGGAGCGCCGUCAAAUGGUCAAUCAGUGUCUCCGGGCUCCUCAAGUGAUGGUGCAACACUUCCCAUGACUACAGGGUCCAACGCUGGUGCAACAGAAGCUCCAUCAAAAGGUCCAGCAGUGUCUCCAGGCUCCUCAAGUGGCGGUGUAACACCUCCCGUCUCUUUAGGUUCCAACGCUGGUGCAACAGGAGCUCCGUCAAAUAGUCCAGCAGUCUCUCUGGGCUCCUCAAGUGGUGGUGUAAUACUUCCCAUGACUACAGGGUUCAACGCUGGUGCAACAGGAGCUCCAUCAAAUGUUCCACCAGUGUCUCCGGGCUCCUCAAGUGGUGGUGUAACACUUCCCGUGUCUACAGGUUCCAACGCUGGUGCAACAGGAGCUCCGUCAAAGGGUCCAGCAGUGUCUCCGGGCUCCUCAGGUGGUGGUGUAACACUUCCCGUGUCUACAGGUUCCAACGCUGCUGCAACAGGAGCUCCGUCAAAGGGUCCAGCAGUGUCUCCGGGCUCCUCAAGUGGUGGUGUAACACUUCCCGUGUCUACAGGUUCCAACGCUGCUGCAACAGGAGCUCCGUCAAAUGGUCCAGCAGUGUCUCCGGGCUCCUCAAGUGGUGGUGCAACACUUCCCGUGUCUACAGGUUCCAACGCUGGUGCAACAGGAGCUCCGUCAAAUGGACCAGCAGUGUCUCCGGGCUCCUCAAGUGGUGGUGUAACACUUCCCGUGUCUACAGGUUCCAACGCUGGUGCAACAGGAGCUCCGUCAAAUGGACCAGCAGUGUCUCCAGGCUCCUCAAGUGGUGGUGUAACACUUCCCUUCCCUUUAGGUUCCAACACCGGAGGAACAAAAGCUCCAUUGGAUAAAUUACCAUUGCUUCGAGUUGCCUUGGGAGGACAACGUGUAUUUCCUCCAACAUCUCCUCAGGAAAUACUUCCUGGCGCUGCAGAUUCUAGCUCUGGUGCAACAGGAGCUCCAUCAAAUGGUCCAGCAGUGUCUCCGGGCUCCUCAAGUGGUGGUGCAACACUUCCCGUGUCUACAGGUUCCAACGCUGGUGCAACAGGAGUUCCAUCAAAUGGAUCACCAGCGUCUCCGGGCUCCUCAAGUGGUGGUGUAACACUUCCCAUCUCUUCAGGUUCCAAUGCUGGUGCAACGGGAGUUCCAUCAAAUGGAUCACCAGCGUCUCCGGGCUCCUCAAGUGGUGGUGCAACACUUCCAGUCUCUUCAGGUUCCAACGCUGGUGCCACGGGAGUUCCAUCAAAUGGAUCACCAGCGUUUCCGGGCUCCUCAAGUGGUGGUGCAACACUUCCCGUCUCUUCAGGUUCCAACGCUGCUGCAACAGGAGCUCCAUCAAGUGGAUCACCAGCGUCUCCGGGCUCCUCAAUUGGUGGUGCAACACUUCCCGUCUCUUCAGGUUCCAACCCUGGUGCACCAGGAGCUCCAUCAAGUGGAUCACCAGCAUCUCCGGGCUCCUCAAGUGGCGGUGCAACACUUCCCGUCUCUUCAGGUUCCAACCCUGGUGCACCAGGAGCUCCAUCAAGUGGAUCACCAGUACCUCUGGUUCCCGCAAGUGGAGAUGUCGUAUUCCCUAGCUCUGCUAAUUCCAACUCUGCUGCCACCUCUUCCGUGGGCCAAGUCACAGGAACUGCUAAGCAUGUGCUUUCAGGAAAACCAGAACCACCUGCUCUGGCUUCUUCCAGCAACGUCCCUUCAGGGUCAAAGGCCACCAUGCCAGGGCCUUCAAGUUCUGCCAGCUCAUCACUGUCCCAUUCCGCUGCUGAGGAGAAGCCAGUCGCUGGCGUGAGCAAAGGGAUACCUGCCAAUAGCAAAGUGUCUCUCCCAGGGAGAUCAGGGGCCCAGCUUACAGUCUCCGGAGAUGGCCUUCACCUUGUGAAACUCUCACCGAUCUCCAAGGAAGUGGACAAGAAGCCCGAUUUGCACCCACAGAAGUCCAAGUAUAGGAAACCAGCAACUGCCAAGGAAACUAGAGUGAAGUUGGGCCUCCGAGCUGCAGCUUCCGUUCCUGAGCCAUCAGCACCGUUGUUUCCAUAUGGGCCAAGUGCGAAUGAUAAAGAAUAUGUCGAAAGGAAAGUGGAUUUUAACUCACCGUUGCUCAGGCCUGAGAUUGGAGCCCCGCUGGGGAAAAAGCUCUUCGACGCCCUCUAUUUCACGGACAACGGACAAAUAAUUUUCUCAGCCUCUGGUGACAACACCGGCCAGUAUCCAAACCCACCUUCCAAAGGAUUUAAUGGCCAGGAGAAAGUACCUAUGAUCGCUGUGUUUUGGCACAAUGCCGACUUCUCCAGAGGCAGUGGAACGAUCUUCUACCAGGAAUAUGUUACCCGGGGUGCUGCCAAGCACCCGCUCGUCCGGAAUGUGGAAGCGAAGAUUCGCCAGUAUAUGAGGACUUCCUACUCCGCCAGGUGGACACUCAAGAUCACUUGGGUGAAGGCCCAGGCCUACCUGGCACAGAAGCGGGACAGCAGGACAAACACUUAUCAAGCCAUUCUUACCACGGAUGGAUACAGAACAUACGUGCUUUUCCUUUAUCAAGAUGGCGGGAUGCAGUGGGACCACACUAAACUCCCCAGUUCAGAUGUGCUGAUAGGCUACACCAGCGGUGAUGGAUACUUCAGAAAUGACAAUCUGAUGUCUAAAACAGCCGCUGAGAAAUACCGGCCAGACCAGCUCCGGGGCUACAACACAGGUGUUCGUGGGCUCUGGAUCUACAAGUUGGACAGCCGCUUCCAGGUGAACUACCGGCUCAGGUGUCUUGACUGGAUCAGCCAUCAGGGGCGCCCAUCGGCCUGGAACCAGAGCUUGCCCUCGUGCCCUUGCUCUCUGCAGCAGGGACGGUCGGACGGCCGCUACAUACAGAGCAGAAAAGGUGCGCUAGGCUCUCGCUUGACUUUGCUGUAUUCCUCUACUCCAAAUAAAUACGGCGCCGGGGUUCGGUGUGUGUAUAAUGGCAACAACCAGCUUGUGGAAGGCCACCAGGAGAAGGUCUGGAGGGGUUCCAGGAGGAGCUUCAGCAGUGACGAAGAGUUGAAAUUCUACGACUGGUGCUGUGAUCAGGCUGGAAGUCAACAACUUUGCAAUAUGUACGUCCAGAAGAGACCCAAGAUUGGCUGUAAUGGGUACAGGCCGCCUGUCCGGGCAUCAUCAUCGUCAUCAGAAGAGAACUUGGACAGCAGAGAAAGAGAAUGAGACACUUCCCCCUCCUCCGGACUUCAGUUUGCCACAGAUCCGCCACACUGAUUCUCCCGCUGGAGUUUGCAGACUCCUGUAAAACGUUUGCUCCUCUGUUUUAUGCAGGAGCAGAACUGGAAAGCUAUUACCAAUCGCUCUAAGGUUGGAAUGAUUGAUUCGCGGAAUAAAAAGGUCUUCACCCCCUCA